AUGAGCAAAAAAUCAUCGACUGUUGAUCCACCUCGCAAAAAGAUCAGCCUCAUCAGCUUAUCGGGUAACGAAACACCUCCAAGAAAGAAGAGUAAUAUUCAGCUAGAAAUGAGCAAAAAAUCGUCGACUGUUGAUCCACCUCGCAAAAAGAUUAGCCUCAUCAGCUUAUCGGGUAACGAAACACCUCCAAGAAAGAAGAGUAGUUUGAAGGAAAAUUUCUCGAAUCUUAUGAGAGCACCAAAUUUUCUGAUCAAAAGGGAAGCUGCCAAAAAACGCUGGAAUCAAGUCUGUGAAAAUCUACAUCUUGGACGGAUAAAAGUUGCCGUCACUGAAUCUAAACUCUUCUCUCCAGAUGGCCCAAAAUAUGAGAGGCGUUCUUGCAGCCUAUGCGGAGAGCUCUGA